AUGCCUCACCAAGCUCUGCUCUUGGUUCUAUCUAUCUCUAUCCUGCUGGCCUUCUGGCCCCAGAGGGGGUUAGUUCAGGAGGUCCAAUGACCUGUCCACACUAUUUGCAACAUGGACAAACUGCAGAUAUUCUAUCACAGCUGUGACCCUUUACAGGACAUUGGCAUCAGUGUUAACACAUGCCUUCCCAUGCCACCAUCCUACAAGGGAGUAUACCUGUCUGCCAAUGUGCUCACAGGAGGGGUGGCCCCGUUAUCCCAUGACGAGCCCCUGUGCCUGCCCGAUUUCCCCCGCUUCUCCUUCUGCUCCCGGAAGAAAGGAGGUAUGUGUGGUACUAAUAGCAGAUCAGGGCUGGAAUUCAAUCAUACCCAGUAACUACCAUAGCUAUGCACACUUUGUUUACCAACUUCACUGCAUGGUAGUACUGUAGUUGUAGGUUUUUAUAUAGCCCAGUCUGUGAGUUUAUUUGACCAUGGGGAAAAAAACGAUGGUGUAAAUACAGAAAUGCGGGUUUGAUUGAACUGAGCCCCAUGUCAAGAAAAACUCACCCUAAAAAUAACAUCUUAAGUCUUUCUCUUGCAUUAAAUGCACAUUGUGUUACAGAGUAGAGGGGGACAG